UUGCUUGAAGCUGACGAAUUUGUCGGUCUUUUAGACCGACGACGUAUACAAUUUCUUCCUAACGUUUCGCAAGCACGAAUGUUUCACACCUUCAGAGGUGAGCCACAUGUGGCUUUAACACCGUUAAUAAAUUAUGUUUCUGGCCGGUCUAAAAGCACGAAAAAUCGCACGUUUCAUUUUCUACUUCAGUUUAACUUCGCACCUCAGCAAUAUCUCCGAGACACCGUUCGUGUAAAAUUAACAAUUUUUAUUAAUUUUCUAAUCACAUUUAAAGUUCAUCAUUUCUUUCAAUCCGCCUUAAGCUCCAUCUAGAACUUUAUCUUUCUGUAAUGUUUCUAUUUUGUAAAUUUAUUUACCCAUUUGCAAGUCAAAUGGCAAACUCCAUGAAACUUUCGGUAACAUUAUGGAUGUUCCAGCAGGUUUCUGAAACUUUGUUUCAAUAAAUAUUGCGUUCUUGCUUUUUACGUCACUUUGCUCUCAGAGACCUGCAGGAGAUUAACUUGUCGAUAAAUAAUCGGUUUAUAUCAGAUAUUUGAAGUAAUAAAUAACUGCAGCCUAAGCCAAUGAAACAUUGUGAACUGGAGAAACUCUCAGUCCCAUCGCCGUUUUUAAUGAAUAAAAAAUGAUCAUUCAUUAUGACUACGACCGUGGUCACGCCCGCGGAAAACAAUGCUUCCAACAUGACCCUGUUUCCGUUCCAAGAAGCCGCCCCUGGAAAAUUCGGCUAUCAACAGGCAUUCCUAGUGAUCCUGUUGAGCAUAGUGAUUGUGAUAGUAGUGAUAGGAAACACUCUAGUGAUAGCGGCCGUGAUCACAACGAAACGUUUAAGAACAGUCACAAAUUGUUUCGUCAUGUCUUUGGCGGUUGCCGAUUGGCUGGUGGGGAUUUUUGUGAUGCCACCAGCUGUUGCUUACCUUAUAAUGGGUGCAUGGGAGUUGGGAUGGGUGCUUUGCGACCUUUGGGUCUCGUUGGAUAUCCUUCUUUGUACGGCCUCAAUUCUCAGCUUAUGUGCGAUUAGUGUGGAUCGCUACUUGGCAGUCACCCAACCUCUCAGUUAUUCCAAAAAACGAAGAUCGAAAAGUUUGGCCUUCGUAAUGAUACUUAUCGUAUGGGUUAGUUCUGCAUUAAUCACCGCACCGCCCAUGUUCGGAUGGUACGAAUCAGGCAGACACGGCCAGAAAACCUGCAGAUAUAACCAAAACACUGGCUAUGUGAUCUUCUCUGCAAUGGGCUCGUUUUUCAUUCCCAUGAUUGUGAUGCUGUACGUCUACGUGAGAAUAUCCUGUGUUAUUGCCCAGAGACACGAUCAAUUGAGUCACAUAAAUAGCUCAUACACUAGGAAAAGUAAGCAGAAUGGGAUUACCAUUGAAGAAUCGGAUAUCGAAAGAAUCUCGGCCGAAACUGAAGACAGAUCUGCAAGCGCGCGCUCGUCCAGUUUGGUCAACAACUACAGAAAUAGCAUACUACCUGACACGCCUCGGAAAUCAUCCUCCAGACUACUCAAGCCGAACACAAGCUUUUCAUUCCAUGACCACAGAUCUUUAACUCCCGUUAGGAGCUACAACAAUUUUAGAUCAUCUUUGCCAACUAAACCAAUAACAUCACCAUCCCAAGUAGAAUUAACCAUGUUAAAUUAUGAGCCUGCAUCGAGAGUAUCGUCGUUGCGAAGAGAAUCAAAGACUGCACAAACCCUUAGCAUCGUAAUGGGUGGUUUCAUCCUAUGUUGGCUUCCAUUUUUCAUCAACUACUUGCUUACGCCGUUCAUUCAACCCAACGAAGUCAACCGGCUCAUCAUGCUCUAUAUGACAUGGCUGGGAUGGAUUAACUCAGCUAUCAAUCCAUUUAUCUACGCCUUUUAUAGUCCCGACUUCAGAAUAGCCUUUUGGCGAUUAACUAUCAAUCACUUCAAAAAGGGGGUAAAUGAUAGGGCAGAGUUCAUUGAGUCGCAACCAAAACGAUUAGAAUUGGGAUAACCUGUCCAGUGCAAGUGAAUUUUAAAAUUCAUCUUUAAAGGCGUACAAAAAAGUUACUCUUAACGAUGUUAAAAAACCAAACUGAUUAUUUGUGCUUGUUAUUGUUGUAGAUGCUGAUGCCGCAAUAAAGUAGUAAAGCAAAUUUCAA